AUCGCAAACUUCUAAUUUCUCAGUACCUUUGUACCCCUUCGGCCAAAUAAUCGACUGAGCAUUGACACAUUAAGUGACCGAGAGCAUGUCUGACAUGUACAAAUCAGCUGUGGAGGGCUCCCUUCAGCGCAAUUUGUCAACCGUUUUGCCAAGCGGGAAUAACUCCGAUAUCAAAUGGAGUUAUGUUUGUGGAACAACUUCUGAGCCUCUCACUUGUAAGCAUGUGGGACAAUUAUUCGAUGAAAAGACCACAGAGUUUGCCUCUCGGACCUGCAUUGUGUCCAUCUAUCAAGACAUCAGCAAGACCUUUGCCGAGGUCAGGAAAGAGGUGGACCGUUUGGCUGCUGGUUUCAUCUCUUUGGGUAUGGACAAGGGAGAUCGACUCGGAAUCUGGGGCAUCACUUGUUACGAAUGGUAUCUGGUCCAAUUUGCGGCUGCCAAGGCCGGACUAGUGCUGGUCAAUAUCAACCCCGCAUACCAAGCGGCUGAGUUGAAGUAUUGUUUGAAUUUGGUGGAUGUGAAGGGUCUGGUGUGUUCUGAAACGUUUCGAACCCAAAACUAUUACAAGAUAUUGAAUGCUGUUGCUCCUGAGGUGGAGGGAUCCAAACCAGGGUCCAUCAAAUCAGCCAAUGCUCCUGCCUUGGAAAAGUUGGUCAUGAUCUCUGACAAAGAAUUUGGGGGGGCCUUCCGGUUCCAAGACGUCAUGAAGAUGGGGGACAGCAAGGAAUACAUGGACAAAUUGGAAUCUUUGCAAAACAAAAUUCAAAUGGAUGACGCUUGCAAUAUCCAAUUCACGUCGGGUACAACCGGCAGUCCCAAAGGUGCUUGUUCCUCCCAUCAUAAUGUUGUUAACAACACCCGAAUCAUGGGACAACGGAUUCAAUUCGACAAAAAGCCUCACGCGAUUUGCCUUGCCUGUCCAUUUUAUCACUCUUUCGGGUGUAUCAUGGGCAACAUUUGUGCUUUGACCUUUGGAGUAAAGAUUGUCGUUCCCGCUGCACAUUUCAAUGGCAAGUCUUGCUUGGAAGCCAUCGAAAAGGAAAAAUGCACAGCUAUCUAUGGCUCUCCAACUAUGUUCGUGGACAUGCUCAAUUUGCAAAGACAACAUGCCUAUGACGUUUCUUCCGUUGAAACUGGCAUCAUGGCAGGAGCCUCUUGUCCCACGGAACUUUGCAAAAACGUCGGCAAAGAGCUGAACAUGACCCGGUUCACGGUUGUCUACGGCAUGACUGAGACUGGCCCAGUCACGUUCCAGGCAUUUCCUGGAGCGUCAACCACAUUGUAUGUGAACCCUCAUGUGGAGGCUAAAGUUUGUGACGAAAACGGGAAAUUGCUUCCUUGCGGAACGCCAGGAGAAAUCUGCACUCGUGGUUACUCGACCAUGCUGGGCUAUUGGGGCGAUGAAAAGAAGACAAAAGACACCAUCGAUUCCAAGAGUUGGCUCCACUCCGGAGACUUGGGUGUCAUUCAUGAGAACGGGAGCUUAGAAAUCGUAGGUCGGAUCAAGGACAUGAUCAUCCGUGGAGGAGAGAACCUUUUCCCAAAGGAGAUCGAGGAGUUACUUCAUCAACAUCCCAAAGUCAUGGAGGCCAGUGUGGUGGGCAUUCCUGACGAGCGGAUGGGUGAGGAGCUCUGUGCUUGGAUUCGCCUGGAGGACAACACUCAUUGUACUGAGGAGGAGCUCAAGGCUUACUUCAAGGGAAAGAUUGCCCAUUUUAAGAUUCCGAGAUUUAUCAUUUUUGUUGACAAGUUCCCACUUACCGUGACGGGAAAGAUUCAAAAAUUCAAGGUCAUUGAGGAGAGCAUCAAGAAAUUGGGGCGUUAAAAACAAUAAUAUCAAAAAUGACGAAAUUAGUCUCCUUUCAAAAUGGACACAAUGGAUCCAUGCACACAACAAAACCAAAAAACAGAUUGUACUAUUUCCAAUAAAUUAAUGAAAUAAAAAAGCGGCGCUUAAAGGCUA